UUUAUUUAUUUUUUGUUGAAAUAAAUUUGGGUUUCUUCUGAUUUUCUUAGCAAAGUAAAAAAAAUUAUAAAAAAAAAACUUCAAAUUUAAAUAAAUAUUACAUAGGAUUUGUCCCUCUCCCUCUCUCAAACUGAUGAGCAAAACUAAGGGGUAAUUUAUAUACGUCCAACGGUACUCGAAUUUAUGGAACCAAGUUUGUUGAAGUUAUCAUCUGCAUGUUACUUUUAUUUUUUUUUAUGUUAUAUUAGAUUUCAUGGUGUAAUCUGUGAUUGUAUGGUCUAAAGCUGUGUGGUACUGUAUUUUCUGUCGCUUGAUUUUCUUUCUUCACGAGGUUUGUCAAUAUAGGACUUGUUCUUGUUGUUUUCGUAGCUCAUAGAAUCUCAUAAUUAUGAUAAUUCGCACGUAACUGCUGAUUACAUUGAUUUGGAGUGUUUUGUUUGUUUUCGCCCGUGAACCUUAGCUCAAGUGGCAUGAGAAGGGUGAGGUGAGUAUGAAGAUCCUAGGUUUGAAUCGAAAAAGGACGUAUUGUUUGUGACCAUGAGAUCAAUGCUAUACUUAAACGCAGUGGUGGAUCCAGGAAAUAAUAUUAGGGAAGUCAGUAAGAAUAGCGUGCGCAGCGCGCAAAUUUUUUUACCAGAAAUAGCAUGCAUAUUGCCAUUUUAUCGAGUCUUGGUAGGCCUGAAGUCAUUUGGAAAGACAUAUUGCACACCUGUUAAUGUAUGCAAGGGGCAGCACCCAAGGUAUCCAUAGACAUUCACCAAGUCUUGGUAGGCUUGAAGUUAGUUGGAGGGCAUGUAUGAAGCCAACUCUAAUCUUCAAAAGGGCAGCACCCAAGGUAUCCACGAACAUUCACCGAUGUUUGGAGGGUUAGCACCCAAGGUAUCCAUGGACGUUCACUGAAGUUCGGGGGGUCAGCUGCCCCUCAAUGCAUCCGCCACUGCUUAAACGUGUGUAUGGCCGAGUGGGAUUCUUUAGUAGAUGGGUUAAUCAAUAAUGGGGAAGUUUUUUACUUUCUGAAGAGAAUAGGAAGUUAUGUAUGGAAUUAGUUUGGACAAAGUCAUGGAUAAGACUUCUUUGUAUGGUUCACGGGAUGUGAUGAGAAAGGUAAUAUUUGUUGGUAUAAAUUUGGAAGAGUGAACUUCUCUCCCACAUUUUCUUAAAAAUAUUUUUUAACAGUGAAACCUGUGCUUCCCCCUUCCAUUAGUUUCAGGUGCACAUGGUAUCUUUUAAGGUUACAAACUUGUGGUAGAGAGUAGUAGACUAAGACAAGCAGUGGGUAUUUGUUUUAUCAAAAUAUGCUUAUCUUUCAUCAUGUUUCACUAGGGAAUGGGGAUUCAUGAUUUUAGUUACCUUUAAAAAGAAUGAAAUAUGCUGGAUAAUUGGAUUUUUGGCAACCUAAAGAGUUCACAUUAUCUCGUACGGCGGAUGAAAGAAGCAGUUUUCUUUUUGAGAUAUUUUUUGCUUCUUGAGGGUUUUCUUAUGCUUUCCUUCCACUCCUGAAGUAUUUUGUGGUCAGUGUGAUCACCCUGUUAUUGUGGCUGCAUGGACUAAUCUUUUGCUGGAGUUUCUAUGAUGAUUUUGCAUUUUGAGUAUCAAAUUUCAGUUACCAUGUUACUGUAUAAUUGACCGAACCUUAAUUGGGAGAUUGAUUCUGACGUUCUACCAAACCUUAGGUUAUUUUUAUUGUCAUUGACAGUGACAUCGGUUGUGCUUAGUUACAAGAUUUGAACUUCUUACUCUAGAAGACUAUAUGACCUUUUUUUUUUUCUUUUUUUUUUUUCUGCUUCUUCUUCUUUGAACAAAAAAAUUUAUAUAGAAAAUGACCUUAUUUUUAUUUUUCAAAGAUUGUUUAUAAUUUAACUGAAUCAUUCAUAAAGGAUGGCAAAGGAAAUUAGUGCUAAAGUUUGAACGUUGGAGGGUAUAACUUAUAGACCUGUUCACCCACUCCACGGGGAGUGAGGAAUUCCACGGUCAACCAACCUUUCAGCUACUAGAUGGACACUUAUAUUGUCUGUAAACACUAAAAUAAUAGCUGAGGAUAAUCAAGUGGUUAAAUGAUUGCAUAUUUGGAUUAUUUUUGGCAUGAUCCUUAAAUGGACACUUUAAAAAUAAACGGUUUAGAUAAUUGAAUCACAAUGUAUGGUGGAUCCCAAAAAGUUGGUAACCCUGGAACUCCUUGCUCACUGUGAAGCAGAUACCUUGGCUGGAGUGAAGGGAUUAUUUGAGACUUCAAUGGGGCAAAGAAAUAUGCUAUGCCCUAGUCAGAUGAUCGAUUUGGAAAUGAAUCAACAAGGUGAAGGUUAUCUCUGUCCCCCACCCUCCGUCCAUUUUGGGGGCGCUUCUAGUAUCCAACAGCGCAAUGUUCACACAAUGGUAACAGCUUCAGGGGGCACUACUAGUUUUGAUGCCCAACAUUUACCCGAGGGUUAUGAUAAUGCUGCACUCUACGGGAUGGCCCAGUACACUGGUGUUCAGCAUCAUCAUAAUCUUGAUUUGGGCGUUGCGACUCCUGCCAACUAUUAUUAUUCGUACAUGACUCCUUCGUCUAGUACUGGGGUGUUACCUGUUCCUCUAAAUCAUGGUGCUUCUGAUCCGUCGCCAUCUUCUAGCCAUUAUGGAGCCAUUGGAAUUUCUGCAGAUGAGUAUGGUAGAAAUAAUCGCAUAAUGGAUGAUGCUAGAGGUCAGUUUAAGAGAAAAAACCCUGAAGGCCUACCAGGGAAUUUCCAAUAUCUUAAUGGCUUUGCAACCCCUAGUUCUUCAGUGCCUCCUUUGAAUUUGAGGAAUCCUGAUGGAGUUGCUGUAAUGGAUGCUGUAACUUAUGCCUUGCCUCAGUAUGCGGGAACUGGCAAUCCACCAAUUAUGGAAGCAGGACCUCAGAGUAAUAUGAGGAACAGAUCAGCUACAACUGGGCUUGAUUCUGUUAUGACACAUGACCAUAACCUUCUAAAUCAAGUAAAUUAUGCGGGUCAGCACUUUCAGCCGGCUGGAACACUUUGGUUGGAUCAACAUUUAAGUAGUAACAGUGGGGAUGGAAGUUCUCCAUCCUGGAAUCCAGUUCCUACUAUUCCUUUUAUGCAUGGGGGUAAUGUCACGGUAGGUUCGAUGGACAGCGCGAACAUGGGUAUGCAAAGAUAUCAUGAUUCAUCUAGCAACAGAAAUUCCUCUAUUCUCCGGCAUCCUCCUCCGCUCAACCACCACCAUCAUAAUCAACGUGUAGCACCACCCAUGCAAGGAUUAAGAGGCCACAACCUUAAUUUUAUCCCCCAGGGUGCCACAGCAGCUUCAUAUAGAUUACCCACAAGUUCCUCGCGCAGCACCAUGAAUCCUUCUCAGAAUGGUUUGGAGAUUGGUCGUAGGCAACCAGGAUCUAUUCCCUCGAAUGGUUUUAGGGUAUACAGGCCACACCAAGGAGUUAUUCCCGAGGCAGCUUUAAGACACCAGAACCUUCCCCACUUCAGAGUUCUUCAGGCUGAUGAGGGUGUCAUAGUAGAUGUUCCUAACUUUUAUGGAAGCUUUCUUGACCAGCACAGAGACAUGCGGUUGGACAUAGAGGACAUGUCAUAUGAGGAGCUUCUUGCAUUGGAGGAGCAAAUUGGCCAUGUAAGCACUGGGUUGUCAGAUGAGGCCAUUAGAAAACAACUAAAGACAAGGUCUUAUUUAUCAUCUUCAAUUAAUUUAAACCUCGAAGAUGCUGGAUCCCCAGGGAAGGAAGCCGAUUCCUGCAUUAUAUGCCAGGAUAAUUACAAGAACCGCGAGAAGAUAGGAAUUCUCCACUGCGGACACGAGUAUCAUGCAAGUUGCUUGAAGAAGUGGUUGCUUGUGAAAAAUGUCUGCCCUGUCUGCAAAUCCGAAGCGUUGAACACAGGGAAGAAGAAUGUAUAGAGGGGGCGACAGUUGAAUGACAAGGGAUUCUUCCUUUGUUCUUUCAUCUAACUUUAUUUUGUUAUAUAUUUUUGUAUAUGCACCGGCAUAUAAUAUAUAUCGACCAAUUGUUACCAACAUUGGUCAUGUACCUAUCAAACUUGUACAGACCUUUUUGUUUUUUUUUUUUUUUAAAUUUUAUUAUUCUGCCUCUGCGGUAUUACUCUUGGUAAUUAAGCCACAUUUUGUUCAUUUGUGCCAACUAUUUGUUUAUUUUUUUGAAUAAUUCAUCUUUGUCGAUGAAAAAUGAUCGGUCGACGCUGAAAUGACUAUGUUUGAAUGAGAAUUUAAUGCUUCUGUUUCUUA